CGCCGUUUCUGUCUCUUCCCCGCUAAGAAGAUGACCGUGGGGAGGUCUGCGGGAGCCUCCGGCGGCGCUCAGUGGAGCCGUCAGAUACUUCCCCCCAAGUCCUCCUCAGACACAGAGGCAGAAGAGGAGCUGUGUGGGGAUGGGCUGGUUUUGCCCAGGGCUGGCAAACUCAGUGAGUUCAUCAGCCCAGAGGAGGAGACAGAUUCUACUUCUGACUCAACUGCGAGUUUUUACGAGACCCUGCAGGCACUAAGGCAGAAAGGCAGGUGGUGCCUGUUGGAAUCCCUUAAUCUGUCUGACCCAGACAGUGAUGAAAGCCUCUCUGAAGAUGAUGAGGACCUGGAGAGUUUCUUCCAAGACAAAGGCAGGGGGAAGCCACAGGUGCAGUCCCCCCCAUCUCCGAGGUGUGGCUCCAUGAGGCGCUGCAGCUCCUUGAGCAACCUGCCCUCCGAUCUUCCCAAGGCUCAGCCUCAGCCACCCUCCAGCUCCAGGCCUCCCUCCCAGCACAGAAGCAUCAGCUCCUGGGCAUCAUCCAUCACUGUCCCUCAGCCGUUCCGCAUGACGCUGCGCGAGGCCGGGAAGAAGGCCCAGUGGCUGGCCUCCCCUGCCUCCUUUGAGCAUGAGAGGCAGCAGGCCCAGAAGCAGGGCCAGGAGGAGGCCGAGUGCCACCGGCAGUUCCGGGCACAGCCUGUGCCUGCACACGUCUACCUGCCCCUCUACCAGGAGAUCAUGGAGCGCAGCGAGGCACGCAGGCGGGCAGGGAUCCAGAAGAGGAAGGAACUGCUCCUCUCUUCCUUGAAGCCCUUCAGCUUCCUGGGGAAGGACGAGCAGCGAAAGAAAGCCAUUCAACAGAGGGACCUGGUCACCACAGCUAAGGCCAAAGUCCCCAAGCAGAAGGCCACCGGGAGGAUCCCCAAGUCCAUUCUGGAGCCAGCCCUCGGGGACAAACUCCAGGAAGCUGAGCUCUUGAGGAAAAUUCGCAUCCAGAUGAGAGCCCUGGACAUGCUCCAGAUGGCCUCCUCCCCCAUUGCCUCCUCCAGUGGCCGGGCUGACUCACAGCCUCGAAUAGCCACCCGGACCCGGGAGGAGAAGCUUGGGUUUCUGCACACUGACUUUGGAUUCCAGCCUCGGGUGAAUCCUGCCGUCCCUGACUAUGAAGAACUUUACAAGGCCUUCCAGAAAAGAGCUGCCAAGAGAAGAGACACCCAGGAGGUGACUCGCAACAAGCCCUUCUUGCUGAGAACCGCCUGUCUGCGUCAUACUCCUCGGCCCUGUGAUGCUGCCGCCUCUGAAGGGAGGAGGGAAUCUCCACAGCCACCCAGCACACCCCUACCAAGGAGUCGUUCUCUGAGUGGCCUUGCUUCCCUCUCUGCCAACACCCUCCCUGUGCACAUCACAGAUGCCACCAGGAAGAGAGAAUCUGCAGUCAGAAGUUCACUUGAGAAAAAGGACAAAGCAGAUCAAAGUACUCAGUGGUCGGAGAUGCACAAAAAGAAGUGUCAGGCGAUAUCUAAAUCUGUGACCUUGCGUGCAAAAGCCAUGGAUCCCCAUAAAAGCCUGGAGGAGGUGUUCAAAGCAAAGCUGAAAGAGAAUCGGAACAAUGACCGUAAAAGAGCAAAAGAGUAUAUGAAAGAAUUGGAGGAAAUGAAGAAGAGAAUACAAAUACGGCCCUAUCUCUUCGAACAAGUUACUAAGGACCUUGCCAGGAAGGAAGCAGAACAACGGUAUCGAGACACCCUGAAGCAUGCUGGGCUGGAUGAAGACUUUGUGAGGAACAAGGGUCAGGGCAACCGGGCUUUACAAUGGAAGGAGCAAUCAGAAGUCCGUGAUUGUCCCAGAGCAUAUUUACAGGAGUCCAAUGAGAAGUGCAUCAGCGGAUUCUUACAGGUAGUCUGUGUUAUUGUGUCUGCCUGAGGCUGUGAGUGAGCAUCUCCCAGACAAGGACACUCGGAAGCCAGCUACAGGUUCAAGAGAACAAAUGUGCUAUUACUGUACUUUCUGCAUACACAAAUCUGACCAUGGCAUACCCCAUUUAAAACCAUGCAGUGGCUCCCCAGUGCCCCCAGGAUAAAAUCAUGUCCUAUAAGGCCCUUAAAGAGAAGAACCAGCUUGUCUUUCCUGCUCUCAUUUUUCCAUCCCACACCAAUCUCUCCAUUCCAUGUCCAUCACACUCAACCCUUUGUGGUUCCAUAGUAAGGCAUGCUCCCUCUCCUUUGUACACAUUGCUACCUUUAGGCCUGUUAAAUUUCUUCCAAUCCCUCCCACUUCUCCAUCAAGAUGAUUGCUAUUCAUCCCUCAGGUCUCAACUUAAACUCUAAAACUUAUUCCCUGACUUCCCCCAAGACUAGCACUACUACCCUGUAUAAAAAUUGCCAGUUCAUUGACCUGUUGCCCUUCCCAUUCUAAACUCUCUGUACAGCACAACUCCAGGGGCACCAUUUAUAUAGCUAUGGAGUUAUAAAAGGCAGAGGUCCUAACUCUGACUCUAAGCUCUUUGAGACAGAGAUUAUAUUUUGUUUACUACUGUAUAACUA